AUGGUCCUCUCACGCGUCGCUCUGGCCAACUUGGCCCUCUUGCUCACCUCUGCUGCUCACGCCCAUAUCGUGAUGAUCAGCCCUGUCCCCUUUGCCAACAUCGCUCAAACCCCCAACGCCCCUCUCAAUCCGAAGGGACCAUCUAACUUUCCCUGCAAGGGCGCCACCAUACCACAAGCGGGUGGGCUCACGGACGUUGUUGCUGGCUCUACGAUUCCCGUCUCCUUUGAUGGAAGUGCUCUGCAUGGGGGUGGAUCGUGUCAGUUCGCCGUGAACUACGACUCCACUCCGUCAAAAAACCCAGCCGAUUGGAAGGUCAUCCACACCAUCCUCGGAGGCUGUCCCGGCGAUGCAGUCGGUAAUAUCAACGAGACUACCCCGAUCAACGAGGUUAAGGCUCCGGGUGGGACGCAGUGUGGCAACGACUCCGGAAAAGAGUGUCUGCGUACAUUCCAGGUGCCCAUCCCAGCCGAACUCCCGAACGGUCAGGCGACUUUCGCCUGGACAUGGUUCAACAAGAUCGGCAACCGCGAAAUGUACAUGGACUGCGCACCCAUCACCAUCACCGGCGGCGCCGACGAUAAGUCCUACACCGACAGUCUUCCCCAGAUCUACGUCGCCAAUGCCGCCGGCGUUGGCACAUGCCCAGACACCGGGCUCGCCACCGAGGGCUUCGACCUCAACAUCCCCGAAGGGCACCGUGGCACCUCCGUCGUCAUGGACCCAGCCGUCAAACUGACUCCCGAACUCACCGGCGGCUGCGGCUUCCAGGGUGGUGCCCAGGGCGGCGCCCCGUCCACACCUGACUCCGCACCUAUCCCUACUCCUCCGUCCGCUGACACUGAUACUCCCGUCGACGCCCCCGUCGACACGCCCGCACCUGCACCCGCGGACCCGGCGCCUGCUCCUGCUCCUGCUCCUGCUCCGGCGCCUUCCCAAGAUGCUGGCGCGGGUACUGGCUCGUGCGCUGGCGUGCCAGACGGGCAAGUGGCGUGUUUCGGACCGUCGCAGUUUGCAAUCUGUCUAGGGGGCACGGGCACGGCGCAGAAUGUGGCUGCAGGCACGACGUGCUCGAACGGUGCCAUUGUCCGGAAGCGCGCGAUUGGGCAUCCGCAUGCGCGGCGUUUUCAUGCAUGA